AAGUGCCAAUGUCCUACCAAUGCCUGAUUAUGCAAGAAAGCGUCCAGAUUAUUCCGUGCAUAAAUACGAGUGUUAUCAAUACGUUUCGACAUUUUGUUUCUGUGAAAUCAAGCUUCAAAAGACAACGACACAUGCCAAAUCAAUGAUUUUUAUCGAUUAGCCUUAUUUGCGAAAGCAGAAAUGAAUGCCAACCACUUAAAUGGUGUGAUCUGCUUUCAAACAACUGGCAUGUCAACCACUUUUUACUUCAUAACAAGAAAACCAUGUAUGCUAGUCUUUGUUAAAUUAGUUGCAAUCGUAUUACCAUACACCAAGUCAAGUGUUAUGUCCAUAUUAGGGCAUAUUGAAGAUCUUUACUCCUUGGCUGCACUUCAUUCUGGCUUGAAGAAGAUGACUGGAAUUCCUCAACAAUAUCCAAUUUUAGCAUUUGUUUGUGACAACCCAAGUUGUGUCUCUAUCCAAGUAAAAAAAGCAGUGAAAAGACAGAGCAUUGUGAUCGCAAUGGCAAUAAGCCUGUCAGGUCUAGUAACACUCCUUUUUGAUGCAAUCUUUCCUCAGUUUGAUCCGCAAGUCAGUCAAUCCAACACUGAUAAAUUUAAAAUGAUUGCCGCUUCUUUCUUUAGUGCAAACGAAGAUUAGCCUGUUAUUGAUGACAGUAAUACUUCUUGAAAUGUGAGUCUUCUUUGAUAACUUAUUAACCUGUACUGAUUGCUUAACAACAACAAAUAUUUUUUCAUUUACCUUAUCAGUAUUACCUUUUGAACACCAUAUU